CCUUUGUCAUGAACCAGCCUGCCCCUGGGGUACCCCCCGCACCCCGCCGGGUGCGGCUGAAGCCCUGGCUUGUGGCCCAGGUUAACAGCUGCCAGUACCCAGGGCUUCAGUGGGUCAACGGGGAGAGGAAAUUCUUCUACAUCCCCUGGCGCCACGCCACGCGGCACGGCCCCAGCCAGGAUGGUGACAACACCAUCUUCAAGGCCUGGGCCAAGGAGACGGGCAAGUACACAGAAGGCGUGGAUGAGGCUGACCCAGCCAAGUGGAAGGCCAACCUGCGCUGUGCCCUCAACAAGAGUCGGGACUUCCGCCUCAUCUACGAUGGGCCCCGUGACAUGCCGCCCCAACCCUACAAGGUCUAUGAGGUCUGCUCCACUGGCCCUGCACUCACAGAUGCACAGCCCAGUGAGGACCACACUUUUGGAGUAGGAGAGGAGGAGGAGGAGGAAGAAGAGGAGCUUCAGAGAAUGUUACCAGGCCUGAGCCUCACAGGGCAGCCUGGCCCUCCCAUGGGACCCUAUCCUGUACCCAAAGAGGAGCUCAAAUGGCCCCCCACUCUCCAGCCCCCUGUGGUGCCGGCCCCUGCCACUCCAGAGUCCACCGUCCUGCCCCCUCCUCCUGGCAAUCCGGCUCCAAGGUUUGAGGAGCUGCUCCCAGAAGACCUGCUGAGCCUGGAGUCGGGGCCCUUGGCCACCAACCUGCCUCCCGGAGGCGAACAGAUCCUGCCCGACCUGCUGAUCAACCCCCACAUGCUGCCCCUGACUGACCUGGAGAUCAAGUUCCAGUACCGGGGCCGGCAGCCCCGCACCCUCACCAUCAGCAACCCGCACGGCUGCCGGCUCUUCUACAGUCAGCUGCAGGCCACGCAGGAGCAGGUGGAGCUCUUCGGCCCGGUGAGCCUGGAGCAGGUGCGCUUCCCCAGCCCCGAGGACAUCCCCAGCGACAAGCAGCGGUUCUACACCAACCAGCUGCUGGACGUGCUGGACCGCGGCCUCAUCCUGCAGCUGCAAGGCCAGGACCUGUACGCCGUGCGCCUGUGCCAAUGCAAAGUGUUCUGGAGCGGGCCCUGCGCGGAGGCCCACGCUGCGCACCCCAACCCCAUUGCACGCGAGGUCAAGACCAAGCUCUUCAGCCUCGAGCAGUUCCUCCACGAGCUCAUCCUGUUCCAGAAGGGCCAGACCGAUACCCCACCGCCCUUCGAGAUCUUCUUCUGCUUCGGGGAAGAGUGGCCGGACCGCAAACCCCGCGAGAAGAAGCUCAUCACCGUGCAGGUGGUGCCUGUGGCCGCUCGUUUGCUGUUGGAGAUGUUCUCCGGGGAACUUUCCUGGUCGGCAGACAGCAUCCGGCUGCAGAUUUCAAACCCAGACCUCAAGGACCGCAUGGUGGAGCAGUUCAAGGAGCUCCACCACCUCUGGCAGGCCCAGCAGCGGAUGCAGCCUGUGGUUCAGGUCCCUCCUGGGCCGGUCCCUCCAGGGCCAGUCCCUCCUGGGCCAGGCCUUGGGGCUGACCAGGGGCCCUGGCCCAUGCACCCAGCGGGCAUGCAGUGA